UGGCUGCGCCCAUGGAUACGGUGCGACCGCCUCCGCUGUGGCGGUAAUGGCGGCGGGGGCGGAGCUUUGCGGUCUUAAAGGGACCGCGCCCUGCUUAUAGGCCGCGGCCGUUACAGGUCCCGGUUAUCGGACUCCCUGAGCGCUGGGUUGUGUCCCCAGAAAUCCCCUUAAGGCGCGGAGCGGGCCGCUCCCCGAGCCCUUCACUGCUAGGCCGCAGCCGCCUGCCGGGGCCCGCCCCGGAUCCCGCGUCACGUCAGGCGGAGCCGCCCGCCCCGCCGCGCGCUCCGGGAUGCUGCUCUCGGUGCCGCCGCCGCGCCCGGGCCUGGCCGCCUUCGCCUGCAGUAAGGGCGGAAAGAAGCCCUAUGUGCCGCCGUCGCAGCCCAUGGGCCCCCCCAGCCCCAGCCCGUCUUCCGGGGGGGCGGGCGAACAGCUGAGCAAAACCAAUCUGUACAUCCGGGGGCUGCACCCCGGGACCACCGACCAGGACCUGGUGAAGCUGUGUCAGCCGUGAUUAUGGAAGAUCGUCUCCACCAAAGCCAUCCUGGACAAGACGACCAACAAGUGCAAAGGCUAUGGCUUUGUGGACUUCGACAGCCCCACGGCAGCGCAGAAGGCAGUGACGGCUCAGGCCAGCGGGGUGCAGGCACAGAUGGCCAAGCAACAGGAGCAGGACCCCACCAACCUCUACAUCUCCAACCUGCCGCUGGGGGUGGACGAGCAGGAGCUGGAGGCGCUGCUGAAGCCCUUUGGGCAGGUUGUGUCCACCCGCAUCCUGCGGGACCCCCACGGGGCCAGCCGUGGCGUGGGCUUCGCACGGAUGGAGUCCACGGAGAAGUGCGAGGCUGUCAUCACCCACUUAUGGAAAUACAUCAAGACCCCCCCAGGGGUGCCAGCCCCCCCGGAUCCCCUGCUCUGCAAGUUUGCAGAUGGAGGGCAGAAGAAACGGCAGAGCCAGGGCAAGUUUGUGCCCCAAUUGGGAAGAGCCUGGGCUCGGGACAGCGACGCGGGCACCGUGACCUUGGCCUACGACCCUGCCACAGCGCUGCAGAACGGGUUCUACCCCGCA